AUGUCCUACCAAGAUGUCUUGGUAGCCGACGAGGGACUCGAAGGUGUUGUGCCUGACUUUAUCGAGCAGGAUAACAAGUUGGAAGCACUGCCAUUAGAGCGUUGGUCACAUGACUCUAUCUAUUCACGGCCCAAAUCUAUCUCAGAUACUUCUGUUUCUCCAUUGACAUCUGGGAGUCCAGUCGACUAUAACUACUAUAACUUGAUCGAUUCGACUGGGCUGUCAGAAAUCAACACACCAGAUCAUUUCAGCUACUACAGGGAUGAUAACGAUGGAGAAAGCUAUAGACUGAUAAGUCAUUCUGAUGGUUUCAAAUCUAGCGAUACACGGUUCGAAGUAGUGCAAGCGCCAAGUGCCACGUAUUCGGAUAGUUACGCAGUCAUUGGGGAUGAAAUACCCCUCCCUCUGACAGAACAAAUGGGAAAGGAUGAGGCCGAAGAAGACUCGGAUGCCUUCGUCGAGAACGACGGCCUUGGUGGCAGCAGCGACGAAGACUACCAACCGCGUGGAAGAAGACGAGUUUCAGCAAAACGACGACUUCAGAUCCUGCCAAGUAAAUCACGAUUAUCUCAUACGGUUUCAAAAAUUUCAUCUCCUGCAAACAACACAGAAAUGAUAUUUAAGGACGAGAGCGGUCUCCAGAAGCAUAUCAAGCAACAACACACACGCCCUUUUGUCUGCGUUUUCAAUUUCGCCGGCUGUGAUUCGACAUUCGCAAGCAAGAACGAAUGGAAACGUCAUGUAACCAGUCAACAUCUCUUACUUAACUACUGGCUAUGUCAAGAGGACGCCUGCUCGAAGUUACCGAACAGUGUACCCUCGUUAGAUCAUCAUGCCUCUUUGCCCAACGGUGCCAUCUUCAACCGCAAAGAUCUCUAUACGCAGCAUUAUCGGCGCAUGCAUAUUCCACAGCCCAUCAAGAAACAAGUCAAAGAGAAGAAAACGAUUCCUGAAUGGGAAGAUCGCGUUCGUUCGCGUCAAGAAAAGGCACACAGAUUACGAUGUCAUUUACCUGACUACAUGCGAUGUCCAGCAAUCGGUUGUGUUGCUGAGUUCAGCGGCCCCAAUUCUUGGGAUGAGCGGAUGGAACACGUCUCGAAGCACUUGGCAAAGGCCGCUCAGGGACUCGAGCCUUCAAUACUUUUUGGGGGUGAAAAUGACCCUACGUUAACGACGUGGGCGUUUCUGAACGGCGUUAUCAAGCAGCGAGAAGACACGACAGGCAUGUGGUGCUUGCAUAAUCCUCUCUGGCCUAAAAGAGCCGAGAAUGUCGAAAUCGAGCCGGGAGUUGAGUCCAGCAAAUCCCAGUCUGUACCUGCGCCAUCGACAGCGACAGAGAGUGCCACUGAGCUGAGAAAAUCAGAACGUUAUUCGCCCACGGAUAUUAUGGAUUCGCCUGAGCAGGACACCAACAUAACGGCUUCCAGUUCCUCUCAGCCUGGUGGUACUGGCACCACAGAGACACCAGCCAAUUGCAGGGAGGAUGAGUCAAGUGAAUUGAAAGAACGAAAUCAUCAAAAGAACAAAAAGGCUCUAGAAAGGUUCAUGAUAUGGUUCAAUUCCCGGCUGCAAGCCAAGGUCUCGUUGAUUCUGGCUCAAGCUGAUCAGAGUAACGGCUCAUCCCAGCAGCAAGCCUCGGGGCAAUCAGGCCAUACAAGGAGUACCAUGUCUAAUGGUGGCUCUUCACAACAGAACUCCAACAGCAAUCGCAAGCGCAAAGACAGGCAGGGUGACGACUCUGGUGAUGGAGCCAAUGGAGAAGGGGACGGGGACGGGGACGGGGACGGGGACGAUGAGGAUAGAUUGGGCCAUCCUAGCAAGAGAAGCAAAACAGGCCAUCGAGAGCAGAGGUUUGCAUGUCCAUUCUUCAAGCACGACGCACGGUGGGAACAUAUAUAUCGUCGCCACAAGGCACCGGAUCAUCGAUGCAACCGGUGUCAAAGUGUUUUCGACUCGAACCAGUCGCUGUGUGAUCAUGAGAGAAACGAGGAGGCGUGCACACUCCGUGAUGUUGCGACACGCGACGAAGUCAAUAAGGACACGCUCAAGAAGCUCAAAUCAAGGGCCCGAGUAUCAGACGCAUCCGAGGAGGCACGAUGGCGCACCAUGUAUCAGACAAUCUUCCCUGAGGAUAUCAUAGUCCCUAGCCCUUAUUACGAACGAACCGAUACUCAGCACCACGACCUACAAGACUUCUGCCGCCACAUCUCUCAGACGCUACCUGGCCGACUAUACGGCGAGCUGGACUCGCUGCUUGGAACCGACAGACCAGCAAAUCUUCGUAAUCGCCUCCCAAAUAUCGUGCAAUCCCUAGUUCGUCAACUGUACCGCGAUUUCCAGUCACCUAAUAACUCAACAAACAUGCCAACCACGAUCUCUGAGCCAACAGACGUCGAGCUGGUGUCGGGGCCAGUGAGGACCACCAACGAGCAGCAAAGCUCCUUGGUGCAGGCGGUGGAGAACGAGCCAAAUGACCAGGACCCUAUGCUCUCUUCUUUGCAGCCACCCUUUUUACUUGACUUCGACUUUCCUAUGGAAAGCUUGACGGAUGUCACUUGGGAUCUUGACCCUACGGUCCCCGGAUAUGAUGUCCCACUCGCAGAGAAGUGGUCGGACUCUGGAUACGGGUCCUGGCUUGGGUCCGGCUCGACGGAUCAAAGCUCGUCGAAGCCGUGGUCAUAG